AUGUCCUUCUCCGCCACCCGCAUCCUCCUCUCCGCCAAAAGCACGUCGUCAAAGUCAUGGCUCGCCCGGCAAUCUCACGACCCAUACGUGAAAAAGCGCUCCACUAACACCCUCGUCGGCUUCCGUGCUCGGUCGGCAUUCAAGCUGCUCGAGCUCGACGAGCAAUGGCAGCUGUUCAAGCCGGACGUAAACUCCGUCGUCGACCUGGGCGCGGCGCCGGGCGGCUGGAGCCAGGUCGCUGCAAUGAAGCUUGGGUGGAUGGACGAAGGCUCCAAUGACGUCCCAGAAGAUCCGUACGCAGACUUGGGUCUGUUAAACGGACGCUCGUCCGGUGUCAGACGGGAUACAAGUGGGCAGGAAAUCCCGCCAACCACGCGGGCUGACGCACAGACCCAGUCACAGACCGGGAGGGGAACCAUAGUUGCCAUGGAUCUCCUCGACAUGCUUCCCAUGCCCGGUGUCCAGACGCUCAAGAUGGACUUCCUCUCUCCACAGGCCGACGCAGCCAUCCACGCGCUCCUCCAGGACGAUCAAAACCCGGAAGGCAAAGCCGAUGUCAUCCUCUCAGACAUGGCGGCCAACAUGACAGGCAACAAGACCGCGGACAUCGAAUCCGGUCUGGACAUCGUCAACGCGGUGAUAGCGUUCGCGCGCAAGCACCUGAGGACUGCGGAGAGCGCCGGGCGACGGAAAGCCGGUGUCCUUGUGAUCAAAUACUUCCAACACCCAUUGACGAAUCGGUUCCGCCAGGAGCAGUUGAAGCCUUACUUCGCUGAUGUAUACAACAGCAAGCCGAAAGCCAGCCGAGGCGACUCGAGCGAAGGCUAUUGGGUGUGCAUGGGCUUCAAAGGAAAUGACUCCGCGCGUCAGCGCGACGGUACGCCCGAUGAAACAAUUUGA